AUGCUCGCCUUCCUACCGCUCGUCGCCGCCAUCUACGGCCCAGCCGCCCGAAAGGAAGGCGUCGUCGUCGCCACUGCCAGCAGCUUUGACGAGGAAGUCCUCAAGCACGAUGGCCCGGUCGCCGUCCAGUUUUACGCCCCGUGGUGUGGUCAUUGCAAAGCGCUCAAGCCCGCGUGGAAGAAGGCGACGAAGGCGCUCUCUCCAGGGACCAUCAAGCUCGUCGUGGUGGACGCGACCACCGAGGGCGCGCUCGCACGAAAGUACGGCGUGAAAGGGUACCCGUCGAUCCAGGUCUUUGGCUCGAACAAGCGCAAGCCCGAGACAUACCAGGGCGCAAGGGACGAGUCGUCGCUUAUCUCGGGGCUGAGAAAGAUGGCCAAGAGCGGCGGGGACAAGUCCAAGCCCAAGCCCAAGCGGGCGUCGUCGUCGGGCGGCGGCGGCGGCGGCCACUCCGGCUGGGGCGCGGGCUCGGCGGUGGAGGAGCUUGGCGACUCUGACUUCGAGUCUCGCGUGAUGGAGGGGGAGGGCCUCUGGCUGGUGGCCUUUUACGCUCCGUGGUGCGGGCACUGCCGCAAUCUCGAGCCCGAGUGGAAGGCUGCGGCAGCGCGGCUCGAGGGGAGCGGCUUCAAGCUCGGCGCAGUGGACGCGACGCAGGCGACGGGCGUGGCGUCGGAGCACGGCGUGCAGGGCUACCCGACCAUCAAGUUCUUCAACCGCGGCGCGGCGACGCCGUACGAGGGCGGCCGCACCGCUGAGGACAUCGUCGGGCACGCGAUGUCUGCGCUCGAGACGUCCGGCGUCGAGGCGGAGGUGCCGCAGCUGACGUCGGCCGAGCAGUGGCGCUCGCUCUGCGGCAAGAAGGGGACCCUCUGCGCGGUCGCCUUCCUCCCGCACAUCCUCGACUCGGGCGCCGACGGCCGCGACGCCCACAUCGCGACCCUCAAGGCGAUCGCAAGGCGGAACCGGCGGCUCUACACUUUCCUGUGGUCCGAGGGCGGCGCUCAGCCGGCGCUGGAGGAGGCGCUCGACCGCUGCUGCGCCUCGUACCCCGCGCUCGCCGCCGUCUCGCUCGAGAAGGGGCGCUUCGCCCUGAUGCGCGACGCUUUUGAUGAGAAGCACGCGGCGACAUUCGUUGGCGGCGUGCUGCGCGGAGGCAUCCGCACAGAGCCCGUCGCCGCCUCGGCUCUCAAGGUGGUGAGCGUGGAGGAGUGGGACGGCAAGGACGGGGAGCUGCCAGAGGAGGAGCCGCUUGACUACGACGACGACGACGGGACGGUGGAGGGCAAGUCGGAGCUGUGAGAGAGCGGUUAGGGAGAGCCAUGGGGAGAGCCGUGAGGGAGAGGCUCAGAGAGCUCCACCCCGAAUCGGAUAGCGCGUCGCAUAGAGCUCUAUUGUGGGCUAGAGAACAUGAGAAAUAACAUAAAACAAA